AUGCAGACUGCUUCUACAAAGAUUUGUGAAAGAAUGGGUCGCUCCCAGGAGCUCAGUGAAUUCAAGCAUGGUACCGUGAUAGGUUGCCACCUGUGCAAUAAGUCUGACCGUGAAAUUUCCUUGCUACUAAAUAUUCCACGGUCAACUGUUAGUGGUUUUAUAACAAAGUGGAAGCAACUGGGAACAACAGCAACUCAGCCAUCAAGUGAACGGGAUCAGCGCAUGCUGAAGUGUACAGUGCACAACUGUCUGCAGAGUCAAUAACUAAAGACCUCCAAACUUCGUGUGGCCUUCAGAUUAGUACAACAACAGUGCAUAGAGAGCUUCAUGCAAUGGGUUUCCAUGGCUGA